AUUUCCUCGCUUCUCGAGCCCCAUUCCCCACUAUAUAUAACCCUUCUUCACCACCACCAUUUUCCCCACACAUCCUAUUAUUCAUUUAUCUCUCUUCAUUUGUAACCUAGGAGAAAAAAUGAACAGGCCAGGAGACUGGAACUGCAGGUCAUGCCAGCACCUCAAUUUCCAGCGGAGGGACUCGUGCCAGCGCUGCGGGGACCCGAGGCCCGGGGAUAGGGCGGACUACGGAGGAUUCGGGGGCAGAGGGUCCGCCACGGCUGCGGUCGCCUUUGGGUUCACGGGCCCGGACGUGAGGCCCGGGGACUGGUACUGCUCCAUUGCCAACUGCGGGGCCCACAACUUCGCCAGCCGCUCCAGCUGCUUCAAGUGCGGGGCCGCCAAGGACGACAGCGGCCCCGCCGCCUUCGACUCUGAGAUGUCGAGGGCCCGUGCCUUCGGGUUCGGAGUCGGAGGGGCCGGCGCCGGGGGCCGCUCGGGCUGGAAAUCCGGCGACUGGAUUUGCGCCAGGCCGGGUUGCAACGAGCACAAUUUCGCGAGCAGGAUGGAGUGCUUUAGGUGCAAUGCACCGAGAGACACCGGGAGCAAAUCUUCGUUCUAAUUCAACAGAUUCUCCAUUUUUGGGUUCAAGAAUUGGAAGCGAAUGAAAGAGAAAAUCAAGAUUUGAGCACAAAGGACGAGGAUGAAUGUUUCUUUUUGGAGCUACUUUGGAAUUUCGUCAUUUUCUAUUUUCAUCUUUUUUUCUUUUGUAAUAUUUUAAUUUCCUUUUUUGAACUUUAGGGAGCAUUAGGUCAAUUCAUGGUACGCAGAGCUGAAUCUUUUAUUAGUAGUAAUUGUAGUUUGGUUUGAGAUAUUAAUUAUUGUCAUGUACUUUCCUUGCUGUUUUGAGAUCUAAUUAAUAUCUACGUGUCCACCAGUUUUAUUUUA